UUGAACUUAUUUCGGAUGUUCAUCAGCAUUGGCAACCAGGUGGCCAAUCUAACCAGCUAUUACUUCUCCAAACACCGCCCCAGCCGCGGGUGGCGUUGGAUGCUUGCCACGGGAGCCGUCCCCUCGGUGCUGCUUGUUUUUGGAAUUUUUGCCUUGCCGGAAUCUCCCCAGUGGCUCGUCAUGCGAGGUCGCUUGCGCGACGCCAAGCGCAUCCUCGCCAAGACCUCCAGGUCGGAGGAGGAGGCCGCGCUCCGGUUUGCCGACAUCAAGAAGGCUGCCGGAAUACCUGAAGAGUUCGACGACGACGUCUACACGAUCGCCGACCAGGACACCGGAGUAUGGCGAGAUAUACUCCACCCGACCUGGUCUAUGGUCCAUAUGCUACUAUGUGCUGUUGGAAUCCAGGUCGUCCAACAGGCAUGUGGCAUGGACACCUUGGCGCUCUUUAGCCCAAAGGUUUUGGAGACUGUUGGCAUCACCACGUCUGUCGGGAAGCUUCUUGCAAAUAUGGUGCUUGACAUAGCCAAGAUAUUGGUCUUUCUCCUUGCCAGCUACCUCGCUGAUUGGGUCGGGCGGCGGCCACUGUUGCUGAGCAGCAUGGGCGGCGUGUUCUUGUCGCUCAUGUUUGUCGGACUGUUCCUCACCUUGAAGGUCUCGUGGGCAGUGGAAGUCUCGGCGAUUCUUUACGUCAUCUUCUUCUCGAUCGGGCUGGGACCAAUCACGGACGUGUAUUGCACGGAGAUCAUCCCAUUGAGGAUGCGUGCGCAGGUUUACACAAUCGGCCUUGGCGUUAAACAGGGGGUGAGCGUAAUAUUAUCAUAUACGUACUUGUUGAUGUUCAAGGCGAUCAAGCUCGGUGGGGCUGCCUUUUUGUUCGGGGGGUUCGCCAUUGUCAGUUGUGUCCUAUUUUAUAUCCUAAUGCCCGAGACGAGGGGGAAAACGUUGGACGAGAUCGGACAGCUGUUUGGUAGGUUGAGGAGGACCGCGGCGGCAAAUGAUGUGGAGCUGCAAAGGACGGAGGCUGCGGUGAGCAGCGAAUAAGGAAGUAUUACAUGAAAAGAGCAAAUAAAUGGAAUAAGGUUAAAACUGUGGCGCCGACGCAGAAAAUAAAUCCGACCAGCGUGGGGGUCGAUGAUCCUUUUAAAGUGAGAAGGCAGAUGAGCAUAAGAUUGAUAUAAUAUCGGAGGAAGCUUGUUUUAGAUAAGAGAAAGAAUGUAGAUGACGAGAAUGGCAAGGAUGGAAAAUAAAAUUCAGAAGGUACUGUCGACGCUAAACUUACCAGCAAGGCUUUAGUCUGGGCCUCCAAUGUCUUACCAGUUGAUGACAUUGUCUCGGAAAGAUGAUGAUUAAGCUUGAGGUUUUAAGCAAUCAGAAGAGAAUGAAUGACAAUAUCAAAUCUACUAAGCGCAGCCCCACCACCUCUAGUUUGGAGUGUAAACUUGAUGAGCUGCGAAAGGAAAUCUCUUCUAUUCAUGGGGGAGUAUUACCCCAGUCGGUCUUGACAAAAGUAUGAUUAGCGCCAGAAAACCCAGCUCAAUAGCAGAGGUUUAUGGAAUGCUGAUGGGUUGAUCUAUGUAUGAGGGCAUGCUAAUGAAAACAAGCAUCCUUUUUCCCUAACUAGAGCUGGAUUGGUUGGUAGCCAAAGGUAGGCAGCUACUUGGACUGCCGAUAACCUUUCAAACUGGGAGCACCUGCACAUGAGCAUCUCGAUGGUACUUC